UGGGAGUCCCAACCGAAAUUCUAAAAUGGGAACAAAACGCCCGAGAACGAUAUGUGGAGUUACACGCUAAAGGAGGAACACAGACAGUUCACCACGCCCGGGGGAUGAUUGUAGGAUGUGCUGGGGCAGGAAAAGCAACGCUACUUAAACGUCUGCUUGGUUUUAGUGAAGAAGUUAUUAAGGAAGUAAAAUCAACUGAGGGAUUGGAGGUGCAUGAGGAAGUAUUUGAAUUAUGUGACAAAACAAAAUCAUUAAAAGUAACCUCACAACAAAAAGACAACGAAAAUGUAAAAAACAAUGUUACACAUGUUGAAGCAAAGACUCUGACGUUUUUUGACUUCGGAGGACAGUGUGCGUACUAUGCUUAUCAUCAGAUUUACCUGACCAGGAGAGCUUUCUAUGUUGUGGUGGUGGACGCCUCUAAACGACUUGACCAAAAGGUGGAUAAGGCAUUGUGCGAUCAAGAUGGAAGUGUGUUCUCUGGAUGGACCUAUGGAGAGUACUUUGUGUUCUGGAUAAAGUCUAUUCAUACCUACUGUGGUUCUGACAAUACAAACGAUACGAAACCUGUAGUUGUUAUUGUUGCAACACACUGGGAAGAAGAAAAUAAAAAGUAUUGA